AUGAAGUUCUACAUCGCGAUCUUGUGUCUGGCCCUCCCUUUUGUCGUCGAUGCGGUACCUGUAACGGAACAAGGACUGUUCUCGGCUAUCAAUGAUUUUGACGAUGUCCUCCUCUUCGACUCUCCUGCUUUCCAAGAUCCAGAAAAUCCCGGGAAUACCCUUAUUAACGUUCAAUCAUAUGUAUUCCUGAAGCACUUCGAUCUGGACCCUCUUACCACUGUGAUUAACGAUGCACUUGCAGAGCUUGGGAUUGACGUUGGGGGCCAGAUUGAUAGAGUCAUCGACAGAAUGAAGCUUCUUGCCACUGUGGGCUUACCAGGAAGGGAGGUGAAGAUGACAGUUGAGGGAUGUGAGAAGAAAGCUACGCUUCCAAAGACCGGAUUUAAGGAUCUUGGCGUGGUCACUGGUAUUGUUUCAGUUGGACAUUGCGGUUAUGGGAAACAAUUCAAUGCAACAGUUGAAGGAAAUGAUUUCGCGCCCCGUGCGACAAUAUUUCCAUCUCCUCCCGACGGAUUUGGCGUUAUAUCUGACAUUGACGACACCAUCAAGGUUUCGAAUGUCCUAGACAAGCUCAAGCUUGUGGAGUCAACCCUUCUUGACGACCCAACGCCAGUAGCCGGAAUGCCGGAGCUCUACAAUUCUUUGGCGAUCUCGAUGAACCAACCUCAGUUCAUUUACAUAUCUGGAUCUCCCUUCCAGUUAUACCCUUUCCUCCGAGACUUUGUGGACACGACGUACCCGCAAGGUCCUCUUUUCCUCCGUAAUUUCACCCUUACCGACCUCGGGUUAUUGAUGGAAUGGUUCAGCGAGGAUCCAAGUGCGAAAUUGGAGUACAAGUUGACACAAAUUGCUCGAGUAAAUGCAAUGUAUCCCCAAAAGAGCUUCUUGUCGAUUGGUGAUUCCACCGAAGAGGACCCAGAGAUCUAUGCCGCUGCGUUCAAGGCCCAUGGUGGCGAGUUCAUCAGAUGUAUCUGGAUACAUCUCGUGGAUGAUGCCGACAAUUCCGACGAGAGGUUUGAGGCUGCGUUUGACGGCGUCCCUUGGGAACGCAUAAGGCUGUUCGAUAAUUCGCAGAUAGCAGCUUUGGUUGACAUUGAUGUCGCUGGCGGUAAAUGCUAG